GAUUAUACUAUUCAACAAGAUUGGGAGACCUGGCUAAAGGAAAGAAAGGCUAUUCAAGUUUGUUGGUCAAUUCAUGACACAAAUAUACAUGUACAACAGGAUUUUAAUUCAAUUGUCAAGGAAAGUGAUGACAAUACUGACAUCAUUGGUGAUGAUAAGUUAACCAAUAAUGAUGAAUAUGAUUCUGAUGGUAGUUAUGAUCAGUGUUGUACAUGGGACAUGUCCUGA